UGCCCUGUAUCAAAGGACCAACAGACUAUAGUAUUCGCCCCCUGUUUUCCGCCCUUGUAUUUGCCUAUUGCUAUCCUUCCUACCUCAAGUACCACUUCGUGAUUGGAGGGUGCGGCGGUAACGCGAGGUUACACCCGGAAGGAAGAGAUAGAGAGCGGAGGCAGCGGCAGUGUGAGGCUAAGGCAACCCGGCUCUAAUACCUUUACAGUUAUGUUUUCAUCACGCCAGCGUCAAGCAGCCGUUGCUGUCUAGUCUAUCUCUUCUUAAACUGGCACUGGAUAUUUUAGAUCUAAAGCUGCACAAGGAUCUGAAAAUCAUGACUUCUAAGGCACGUUAUUGCCACAGUGUUUUAAGGCAAUAUUACUGAUAGUGAUACUGUCACCUGGAUAAGCUGCUACCUGCAUUUUGUUUUCCUCCGGUUUUUUUUUUUUCUCCUACAAAGAACUCACUGUUUGAAGUGGGGGGAAAAAACUCUGCACAAUAUACCUUGGUUUACUUUUGGACAACAGGAAAUAUUAAUGGAAUGCAACCAUGUCCACCCAGGACGAACGGCUGAUCAAUACUGAAUAUGCAGUCUCCUUACUGGAGCAACUUAAAAUGUUCUAUGAACAGCAAUUACUGACCGACAUAGUAUUAAUUGUUGAGGGCACUGAAUUUCCGUGUCACAAAAUGGUUCUAGCAACAUGCAGCUCUUAUUUCAGAGCUAUGUUUAUGAGUGGAUUGAGUGAAAGUAAACAGACGCACGUGCAUUUGAGAAACGUGGAUGCGGCAUCUUUACAGAUCAUUAUAACGUAUGCAUACACGGGUAAUUUGGCAAUAAAAGAGAACACUGUAGAACAGCUAUAUGAGACUGCAUGCUUUUUACAGGUUGACGAUGUGUUGCAUCGCUGUAGAGAAUAUUUAAUCAAAAAAAUAAAUGCCAAAAACUGUGUGCGGCUGCUGAGUUUUGCUGAUAUGUUCAGCUGUGAGGAGCUGAAGCAAAGCGCCAAAAGAAUGGUGGAGCACAAAUUUACAACAGUCUACCACCAGGAUGCUUUCAUGCAACUGUCAAGUGAGCUUCUCAUAGACCUUGUGAGUAGUGACAAUCUAAACGUGGAGAAGGAGGAGACGGUGAGAGAAGCUGCAAUGUCCUGGUUGGACUACAAUACUGUGUCUCGCUCUCAAUUCUUGUCUACUGUUCUGAGCCACCUUCGAAUUGAUGCUUUAUCAGAGGUAAUUCAGAGGGAGUGGUUUCAAGGUUUGCCACCCAAUGAUAAAUCUGUUGUGGUGCAAGGACUCUACAAAUCCAUGCCUAGAUUCUUUAAGCCAAGACUAGGCAUGACAAAAGAAGAGAUGAUCAUAAUAAUAGAAGCUGCUUCAGAACACCCAGGUAGUUCCUAUUCUUCAAUUUGCUACAGCCCUCAGGCAGAGAAAGUUUACAAGCUUAGUAACCCUCCCGCUGAUUUACAAAAGGUUGGAACUGUGGUGACUCCAGAUAAUGACAUUUUUAUAGCAGGAGGCCAAGUUCCUUUAAAAAACACCAAAAGCAAUCAUAGCAAGCCAAGCAAACUCCCAGCUGCUUUCAGAACUGUGAAUUAUUUUUACUGGUUUGAUGCCCAGCAGAAUACUUGGAUUCCAAAGACCCCCAUGUUAUCUGUUCGUACCAAGCCGUCUUUAGUGUGGUGCGAUGGAUACAUCUAUGCAAUAGGAGGAGAUAAUGUAGGUGGGGAACUUAAUAGAAGGACUGUAGAAAGAUAUGACUGCGAGAGGGAUGAGUGGACAAUGGUGAGCCCACUGCCCUGUGCAUGGCAGUGGAGUGUUGCAGUAGUGAUCCAAGAUUGCAUUUAUGUAAUGGCACACAACUUGACAUACUGUUACAUUCCAAGGUCUGGUAGUUGGGUGGAAAUGGCUAUGAGGCAGACCAGCAGAUGUUUUGCUUCUGCAGCUGCCUUUGAAGAUAAAAUCUUCUACCUUGGAGGUUUGCAUAUUGGCAACAACUCUGGAAUAAGGCUUCCAUCAAACACGGUGGAUGGUUCUGCCUUAACAGUUGAAGUGUAUGAUGUGAAUAAAAACGAAUGGACAAUGGCGGCUAACAUACCCGCCAAACGCUACUCUGAUCCCUGUGUUCGGGCAGUCGUCAUAUCAAAUUCCUUAUGUGUCUUUAUCAGAGAGACUCACAUGAAUGAAAAGGCCAAGUAUGCCAUCUACCAAUAUGACAUGGACCUUGAUCACUGGUUUUUGCGGCAGCAUAUAUCAGAACGUGUUCUUUGGGAUCUGGGGAAAGACUUUCGAUGCACUGUUGGGAAGCUCUACCCAUCAUGCCUUGAAGUAUCCCCCUGGAAACCUCCAACGUAUCUCUUCCCAACAGAUGGGUCUGAUGAGUUUGAUCUUGAUGGAGAUAUGGUUACAUUACCACUUGUAUAGCUGGUUAGGUACCUGGGACUCAGUGUAUGCACGGACCGCCGCAAGCUCUAUAGAACUAUACUGUUAAGAAAGUGGGCUAGGAUAAUAUGUUUGCACCGCUUCCUUUUCAGUCCUUAUUUUUAUGCCCUACUUAACAAAUUUGUAGCCUUUAAUGCAUUUAUAUAGGUUGAUAUGCUUCCAUUAUCAGAAAUAUGUGACCCAGCUAAUGGAAAGAGAAAAACAAAAACAUGUAUGUUAUACCAGCCUUAGUAACUGUUUUAUCUAAAAUGUUUAAUUAUAUCCCUGUGGAUUUUUUUCCUUCCUUGAUCUGAAAAAGUUCACAUACAUGACCCAUGUAUUAUUUCUAGUAUUGUAAGAAAAAUAUUUUCUGAAAUAAUCUUCCAUUUGUGCUAAAUACUUCUACUUGGCAACUCUACUUGUCUACAAGACUAUUAAUACAAGCAUGCACAUUGUCCUUCAUAGCAUUUACUCCCUGAUAUCUUUCUUGCUUAUAUAUAUGUCUCCAGGGAUUCAAAAAAUUGCUUAGUAAAAUGAGACCAUUCAAUUUUCUAUAUCUUCCAGGUUAUCUUAUUCAAAUAAGUUUCCUUCAAAAUUGCUCCUCAAAAACAGUAAAUGGUCAUGUCAGAGGCUGAGGCAUAAUUUUUAUUGUAUAUCUUUACCAUAAAAAAACAGAAUAUAUAUCAAUAUUUUUCUUUUAAUAAAGUGUAAUAUUACUUAUUGACCAGAGCAAACUUGACUUGGAAGUAGUAGACAAAAUAUGCAGGUGUCCUGCAGGUUUAAUUUUUUACAAAGUGAUUUUUCACCAAAGUCCCUUUUUAACACUUAUCUAAAUAAAUACAUAUAUAUAUAUAUUUUUUGCUAAACUCAAUCUUUCCUGAUGCAGGUAAAGUAGUAAUUAAUUUGGUAGCACACAGGACAAUAAUAUGACUGCAGGCUCAGUCAGGCUGUGCAAGGCGCAUGUGUUUCUGUUGUCAAUAAACCUGUACCUUUCUGUUUUAGAAUACAGGUCUUCCAAAAGGGCCUGGUAGCGUCUUUGUAGAUGUAACUAGGCAUCCCAUCUGUUUGCCAGCCCCUCAUCGUACGGGUCCCUGUGGAGCUUUAACCCCUUCACUGCUUUCUUGCAGCAAAGGGAUUAAACACAGAGCCUCCACCUUCUUUAAUAUGGUGGUGUAGGUUCACUCAUACAAUAACCUGCUGCUGUCUUUCUUUCCCUAUCCCCAUUUGUAAAAAAAAAGUCUUAGUGCUGAAUAACCAGGUCUAUAUCAUUUAUGUUAACUUAACAAGCAUUUACUGUAGUGUGAUUGUGUAUUGGUAUACCCUAGUUUAGUUUAUUUUUUAUGUUAUGGGGAAGGGAAAAGAACUGUUCAGGAACACAUUUACAUGGCACUAUUGUGCACAAGAGAGCAGAUGCUUAGUGCUGCUCCGGCAUUAAUAUCAUCCCAGGAACCACUAGCAGUAGAGGGGCACCACAGCCAACGUAACGUGAGCACAGGUGCUUCAUGAGAAACCCUACUAGCAUGUUCAGCUGCAUCAUGUUCUGGCACUGUAUUUUGAAUGACCUUAAUUUAUUAAAAAAAAAAAAGUGUAAAACA